AUGGCCAUCGUCCUGGAUGCCUUCGCGUCCUACGUCGGCGACCUGCUCAACCAGGUGGCCGACGACGAGCUCACCCUCCUGCUCGGCGUCUCCGGCGAGAUAGCCAAUCUGGAGGACAGGCUACGCAGCCUCAACGACUACCUCGCCGAUGCCGAGCGCCGGCGCAUCACUGACCAGAGCGUGCAGGGCUGGGUCAGGAAGCUCAAGGACGCCAUCCGCAUCAAGGCGCUCAAUGCCAGGCUCGACGCCAUCUGCAAGUCCGCCUCUGCAUUUAGCUUCCUCAAGCUGGAGGCCUACGAGGACAUGGCGGCGCCCCGGCGGUCCAGCGCCGCGGACCCCCGCAAGACUGACCCGGUGCUGGAGCGGUCGGCCGUGGUCGGAGAGAAGAUCGAGGAGGACACCAGGGCGCUGGUGAAGAGGCUCACCAACGGCAAGAAGCAGAGCGCUGAUAAGGCUAUGAUCGAGGUGGUUGCCGUGGUGGGCACCGGCGGGAUCGGCAAGACGACGCUGGCGAAGAAGGUGUUCAACGACGAGGGCAUCCAGGAGGCGUUCGACAAGAAGAUAUGGCUGAGCGUGACGCAGGACGUGAACGAGGUGGAGCUCCUGAGGACGGCCAUCAAGUCCGCGGGGGGCACCGGCGGCGGCACUCGAGACAGCAACAAGUCCCUGCUUGUGCCGGCGCUCGUCGACGCCAUUAGGGACAAGAGGUUCUUGCUAGUGCUCGACGACGUGUGGAGCGACAGAGGAUGGAACGGCUUGCUCAAGGCACCCUUCAGCCAUGGCGCCGCCGGCAGUCGCGUCCUCCUCACCACCCGGCAUGAGACCGUCGCCCGAGGGAUGCAAGCUACGCACCCCUUCCACCAUGUCGACGCGUUGUGCCCUGAAGACGCCUGGUCACUGCUCAAGAAACAGGUUAAUUAUCUCUUCAUUGUUAUACUGUUUCGAGAGCUUGAGAUCGAUGACACGCUGAAGGACCUUGGAAUGGAGAUAGCUGACAAAUGUGGUGGAUUACCUCUUGCUAUCAAAUGCUUUCUGCAUUACUCCCUCCUUCCAAAAAAUGUAGAGUUUUUCAUUGACACUGUUGUUAGCAUGUGGAUAAGUGAAGGAUUUCUUCAUGGGGAAACUGAUGAUUUAGAACAAUUAGGAGAAGAGUGCUAUAAAGAGUUAAUUUAUAGGAACUUAAUAGAGCCAGAUACAGAUUAUGCUGGUCAACUCAAGCACUUGAGGUACAUCUCCCUAAAAUGUGGUGACAUAACUAGAUUGCCAGAAAACAUCGGCAAGAUGAGAUUCUUGCAGUACCUUGGCCUUGUCUGCGAGAAUUUGGAGAGACUUCCUAAUAGCAUUGUAAAGCUAGGACAGCUGAGGUAUCUUGACCUUAGUGCCACAAGUAUAACCAGUAUACCUCGGCGAUUCUGUGGCCUAACAAGCUUGAGGACUUUAUACGGUUUUCCGACCCAAGUAGAUGGUGAAUGGUGUAGUUUGCAAGAAUUAGGGGCCCUUGCUCAACUCCAAGUUCUUGGACUAAGUAACCUAGAGAAUGUACCUGCCAUCUCAUUCGCUGCAAAGGCUAGACUUGGUGACAAGUCGCACCUUAGCUACUUGAUAUUGCAAUGCACCAGUAUACUUGGUGAAGAUGGGUUGGUAGAAGAUGAAGGCGUCUCUGAGGAAGAACAUCAGCGAAUCGAGGAGGUAUUGGAUGAGCUUACCCCACCGCUCUGCUUAGAGAACAUUGAGCUCAUUGGCUAUUUUGGAGAUCGGCUACCAAGGUGGAUGAUGUCAGGAGCAGCAAGUGCAUAUGAGAGGUUGUCGAUUGUGAUAAUGGAGGACCUGGCUUGCUGCACCCAACUCCCUGAUGGCCUAUGCUCGCUCCCAUCUUUGCAAUACUUUCAGGUCAAUCGAGCCCCUGCAAUCAAGCGUGUCGGCUCUGAAUUCAUGAUGAUGCAACCAUCAUUGAGCCAACGACGCCAUGCCCAUGCAUUUCCGAGGUUGAAGACAAUGAAUCUAAGAGACAUGGUGGAGUGGGAGGAGUGGGAAUGGGAGCAAAUGAAUAAUGUACAUGCGAUGCCUUCAUUGGAGGAGCUUCUGCUCGAAAAUUGUAAGCUGAGACGCCUUCCUCCUGGUCUAUCCCUGCAAGCAAAGGCUUUGACAAGCAUGUACCUAUAUAACAUGCAGCAACUCAACUCAAUUGACAGCUUUGCUUCUCUUGUCAAGCUUGAGUUGUAUGAUAACACCAACCUGGAGAGAGUUGCGUCUCUCCCUAGGUUGCAGAAACUUGAGAUCGUCCGCUGCCCAAAGAUAAGGGCAUUGGAGGAGCUACCUGAGCUGAACAGGUUGGAGUUGCAGGACUUAGACAUGCAAGAGUUCCCAGGAUACCUACUACAGGGAGUAUGCCCAAGAAAUUUGGUGCUGGACUGCAACUUAGAGUUGCUCACAGUCAUAGCCAUGGGAGAAUCUGGUCCUGAGUGGGGCAAGUUGAGCCAUGUCCAACAUGUCAAGGCCUAUGCUGAUCAAGGAGACAAUGAAAGAAAGUGGCAUGUAUUAUACAUGAGAGAUCCCUACAGCUUUGAGACAAAUAUUGGCAACGGAUCUUCCUCCAAUUCUCGAGCUAUAGAGGAUGAUGUCGAGUAAGAGCUCAGGGCACCCAAGAGGCAAGUGGCAGACAUCCGUCGUAGAAGUCAUUGCCACAGA